GCCUCAGCUCCUCCCGCUUGCCAGACUUGGUCCGCCUCCCGGAGUUCGCGUACCGCCAAUACGUUCAUGUUGGUUUGUCGCGACAGAUAUGCCUGCUUGGAUUUCUCCUACGUGCCCUGGAUGUUGUACUGUGUGGUGUUUGGCAGAAUUAAGCGGUCUUAAUGGAGCCCUUAUUGUUAAUACUGACGAGAAAAGUUACCCUUGCAACAUGAGGCAGAGAGCGAGAUGCCUUAUCUCUGAUGCUGGUAGUCUGGAUGCUGCAUGAUCUUCAGCUGAAUGAAGGUGCGGCUGUAUUUGUGGAUUAUUACCGUCGAAAAACUUGACAAGGGACUGAAUAGUAUGGCAAGGGACAAAUGAAAAGUUGUCUAUUGUUUAUUGGGUUUUACUCACCAUCAGAAGUGUUUCGUGAAAACAUGAAAGCAAUACAAAGUCUGUGGUAGUCAUGUGUGUGAUACCUAAUGUCCUUCCCUGCGGUGGUCCAUACGACAUGAGCACUGGACAAGCUGCACUGCACGAGCUGAUGAGUCGUCUGCGAGAACCCCCGCCUCGUUCGAUACAUAUCAACAGUACUCCGGCAUCGCCGCUUCACUAGAUCAUCAUUGAACACUGGGGCAAGAAAACUAUGAAACAUCAAGCAGCAACUUUUUCCGUCCAAGGCAUUUCUCGGCGCCACGGUCAUGCCCAUAGCGGGGGGUGGGUACAGGCGAGGGUACGGGUUGAGGCCGGCUCGGCGGAGAGCAGCAGAGGCACAGGCAGUUCGCGACAGGCAUGGCUCGCGCGAGGAUGGACCUAAGCGUGGUGCUGGUGCAGGCGCUGGUGCUGGGGGUGCUUCACGCCGCGGCCACCGUGGUUCAGGUCCCCCGCGGCAGCCUCCCCGGGGUGACCAAGGCCUACCUGGAGGAGGCUGACCGGCGCAGCUCGGAGGAGUGCACGACGUCGCUGCUGGCUCGGUGGGCGUACGAGACCAACAUGACGGAGCACACCCGCCGGGCACAGGUGGAGGCGCUGCUCAAGCUCUCCCAGUGGAGGCGGGAGGUGGGUGACGUUGCCAGGUCCCUCGCCGCCGCCUCCCCGCAGCUGGCCGAGGAGCAGAGGCGCCGGCUGCACUUCCUCUCCUCCCUGGACAUGGCUGCUCUGCCCCAGGCCGACUUGGAGGAGUACACCAACCUCAAGACUAAGAUGAUGGAGAUCCACAGCAGCGCCAGGGUCUGCGACUUCAACGACCCCGCCAAGUGUGACCUCACCUUCAGCUCAGACCUCGAGAAGCUGAUGAAGACAAGCCGCGACUACCAGGAGCUGGCCCAUGCGUGGCGGGCGUGGCGCGACAACACCGGUAGGAGGCUGCGGCCCCAGUACUCCCGCCUCACCACCCUCGCCAACAAGGCCGCCAAGCUCAACGGUUUUAACAGUUCCGCGGAGGAGUGGCUCGCCAAGUACGACACCUCCGGGAACUUAACUAAUGUGUUGACCGAGGUGUUCCAGCAGCUGGCGCCCCUCUACCAGCAGCUCCACGCCUACGUCAGGAGAAAGCUGAGGCAGCAAUAUGGGGAGACACACAUCACCGAGAAGGGCCCCAUACCUACCCACCUGCUGGGGAACAUGUGUGCACAGCACUGGGACGAGAUCUACCCGCUGGUGGAGCCCUUCCCCGGCAAUGGCUCUCUGAACGUGACCCAGGAGAUGGAGGCACAGGGAUACACAGUGAGGCAGAUGUUUGAGGCGGCUGACGACUUCUUCGUGUCGUUGGGUCUGCCUCGCAUGCCUGCCUCCUUCUGGCGCAAGUCCUUCUUCGUCAAGCCGUCUGACAGAAAUGUGUCGUGCGAAGCCGCCGCAUGGGACUUCUGCAACGGGAAGGACUACCGAGUCAAGAUGUGCAGCGAGGUGAACAUGAAGGACCUGCUGGCCGCCCACCACAGCCUGGGAGUCCUCCACUACUAUGUGCAGUACCGCCACCUGCCCCACGCGCUGCGCCAGGAUGCCAACCCAGCUUUCCACGAGGCAGUGGGAGGAUCUAUCACCCUGAGUGCUGGCUCCCCAAGUCACCUGUACAAGCUGGGUCUCCUUAAAAACCUGACAGAGGACUCUGAGGUGGAGAUCAACCACCUGAUGAAGGUGGCACUGCACUGGAUCCCAUUCAUUUCCUCUUCCUACGUGUUGGACCUCUGGCGCUGGGACAUUUCUCGCACGCACUUUCCAGACUUUGCCUGGAACUGUGCCUGGUGGGAUCUCAGGUUCCAGCUACAGGGCCUCAAGCCUCCGGUGCUGAGGACGGAGAAAGACUUGGAUGCUGCCGCCAGUAACCAAGUGAUUGUUGAUACUGAAUACAUCAGGAACUACGUAUCUACUGUGCUGCAGUUCCAGUUCCACAAGGCGCUGUGCCUCAAGGCAGGGCAGUAUGAUCCUCUCGACCCUGCCAAGCCCCUGCACAAGUGUGAUGUUUAUCAGUCUGUUGCGGCGGGGGACACACUUAAGGCCAUGCUCAGUCUGGGGCGGUCCAAGCCAUGGCAGGUGGUGCUUGGUGUGAUGACGGGAGAGCCUGAGGGCCGCCUGGACACUUCGGCCAUGCUGGAGUACUUUAAGCCCCUGGAGGAGUGGCUGACGCUGGACAACGCCGAGCACGGGGAGCACGUCGGCUGGCACUCGGACGGGGAAUACUGCAAGACCCAGGGACCACCAAUGAACCAGUGACCCCGUUUUGCCUCGUCCGUGUGGAGUCCUCGCCACUUCGCCCACGCAGCGCCGCGCCGCCUCGCCCUGCACCGGUUCCUUGCAUUUCCACGCCGUGCCCAGCCAGUUGCUAUGCGUCGCCCAACUUUACAGUCUCAGUUCCAUAGAUUUAUUUAGUUUUUGGGUGUACUCAUGCAGUUAUACUUUUUUAGGUCCAUUUCCAUCAGACUAUACACAGCCUAUUUAUUUCACCGCCAGGUUCUCAUAAUCUUUUAAGGCUUCUGUUAUUGAAUUUUGCGUUGCUUUGCUUAGGUCUUAGGUCGAUUAGUUUCUUUAAAGUCUGUCAGUGUUUAGUCUAUUAUUUAUAAGUUAAUUUUAAUCAAAACAGGUCAUUGUACCUAUUUCAUCCUUAUUCCUUCUCGUAACCUUCUAAACUUUCAUUAUUUGUCAGUAUUUAUUUAUCACAUGGUAUCGUGGUCUUCAGAAGUAUGUAGACUAUAAUACUAGCAAGAGAAAUACGAGUUGAACUGUC